AUGCCAGUGCGCCGACAUUGCUGUGGCUUCUGUAAACAACGGUUACCUACUGCAAAAGGCCUCCGACUACACAUACAACACUCACCUCGCUGCCGGCGCAACUGGUUGCGAAAAGUCAAGCGAACCGCGCAAGCUGUUGCCGCCGCACAGAACGCCGCCGCCGCGCAGAACGCUGUCGCCGCCGCUUCAGCUGCUAGCCCUGGACAAGAGGAACCUCGGGUUGUCGAGCCUGAGGAUCUCGGCCCUUUUCUGCCAGAACCUGACGGUGCUGGCAACAUCGACGAGCGACCUAACCUAUCAGCGCGAGUCGAGGAUGUUCCUGAAGAUGAAGAACAAGCGUACCGUUACGUUGAAGCAUACCCUGGUGUCGUUGCUGAGAUCAUCCGCGAUGACAAGACCCUUUUUGAGAAGUGGCGCGACGAGCGGGAAAGUGCUGGUGUUGACGAGUGGGCGCCGUUUGCGGACCGAGAGGAGUGGGAAUUGUUUAGGUGGCUGAUCAAGAGUGUGGGUCAGAACAAAAUCGAUGAUUUCUUGAAGUUAUCGCUCAUUCGACGAGACUGCAAGCUGUCUGCGGAAAACAAGUAUCAGUUCUUCAAGAGCAUCGAUGACUUACCCACCGGUGUUCCUUGGGAAUGCGACAUUAUAACCGUGCAAGGUGAUCGAGUUGGCGAAGACGGCAAGUUGCUAGAGGAGGAGCUGGAGCUAUGGCGACGCAAUCCCGUCGACUGUGCACUCGACCUCAUCGGGAAUCCUACCUUCGAUGGCCAUGUUGCAUAUGGACCGGAACGAGUCUUCGCAGAUGAAGACGCCACCAUACGGCGCUACGAUGAGAUGUGGACGGCAGAGUGGUGGUGGACGAUGCAGCCUCAAUUGUCCGAGAUUCCCAGUAACGGGCAGAAUGUUUGCGAAUACGGAAAUAUUCGUGGCUAUUAUGAAUAG